AUGGCAUGCCCCUUCAUCCCGUGCGCCUCACUUCUUCUAUGCCACUGGGUCUUUGGGCAGCGCUUCAUGUUUCAAUUCACAAAGGCUGAAGGCACUCCCUACUACGUCCAUUGCCUCCAGUGCGACUUGGUGCAACAUCUGAAGCUCCCUGAAGCUCUUGAGCCCGCCCCUUUUAGCUUGCGCGCCCUGCUUGCUCACAUUCAACUGUUUCCCCCCCAACAGAACCAGCCUGCUACCCCUGCCUCCGACGCCGUCUUGCUUUGCCUGGUGACCCGUUUGCCCUGGUUCACGUUUUUCCGUGAUACCGUGCACGCCUUCAACACCGUCUAUCAACGCUCCAACUAUGAUCGCAGCGUUCUUGAAGCCUGCUUGACCAAGCUCUCCGACGCCCUCAAAGAGGAUUGCAGCCAGCCCACCGGUAUGCAGUCCUACCCCCAUCCGUUUCUGCCCUUUCUCUGUGACAACCCCCCUCCAUGUACUGAUUUAUUAUUAGCCCUUCCCCAUGACGUUCAAGUAACCCUGCGGGUCCCUGAUGGUCAGCGAAGCCCCGUCAUCUCCGAGCUACCACUCGUCGGCACACUCCCCCGCUGCCUCUCCUGGCACAACGUGUUUCAUCUGCUCGCCGCCCUACAGGCCGAGCGCCGCAUCCUGAUCACGUCCUCAGACCUGAAUCGCUUGACAUGCGCUUGCUUUGGAUGCACGCUGAGCGUGUUUCCCAUGCAAUGGCAACACGUCUUCAUCCCCAUUCUGCCCGAGCACCUGCUGGCCUACUGCGAAGCGCCCAUGCCCUACAUUUUGGGCGUGCACAAAAGCCUGCUCCCCGAAAUUCAGUCCCGAUCCAUGGAAGAUCACGUGCUGGUGGAUCUGGACGAGGACCUCAUCAUCUCCCCUUUCACGGAUACGGACAAUUGGCCGACCGAGCUGGUCGCCGGCAUCAAACCCAUUGCCAAGCGCAUUCGACAGCUCGGUCCUCACGCGCCUGAACGCCACGAAGACAUUCUGGCGUUCGCCGAGGGCAUUACCGACCUUUACGUCCAAAUCAUGGCCGGCAGCACCCAAUGCAUCGUGGCGACAAACGAUCGGGAAAUCUCCUUUUAUGCUGAAAAGUUCAAGUUGCUCAAGCCACGCGUCUUUGGCCCCAUGCUUGAGCACUUGGUGGAGAUGCAAAUGUUUCAGCAGUUUAUCGAACUGUGCGUGGCAAAGAACAAACAACCCAUUUAUGGCUCGCCCGAGGCUGCUUGCCUUCUGUAUGAGAAACUUGAGCUUUGUUUUGCUCUUUUGGCCUUGGCACACUUGACCAGAAGCAAUUUCUCGAGCGCGACCAUGGGUACGGAUCAAGUGCCAGCCGUAAAGAGCGGUGGAUUGCUCGAGCAACACAACGCGUCAAACAAAAGGGUGACCCGCCUCGCAGCCGAGGACGAUGGCAGUACUCUACUGGCCACGAACACGUCCUUUGCCCAUGCACCAUCCACCACGCUCUCGGGACGCCAGCGCUCGGUGACGACACAGCCGUCGGGAUACCUUGAAGCUGGACGACCCCGCGCCGCACUGGUCACCACCGAGCACUCGCGAAGCGUGUUGCAACCGGCGCGCUCGCCGCCUCGCGUGCCGGUGCGUGUCGAUGCCAACUCUGUGCGAGCCAAGCCCGUACGCCCGGCUCAGCAGUCCGAGGCCGUGCAAUCCUACUUGCAGGCCCGGCAGCAAGGAUGGGAUAUGCCCAUUGCUGAGGCGUCGAUGGAGGAAGAAGAUGAGCCACCAACGCGGGGUCGUGGCACGAUUGGCGCGCCCCGAAGCCAUCGUGCCAACUCCUCCAUCACCGAUGAUGGCGAGGAAGGUGAAAAUGAGGAUAAUCAGGAGAUGGGAUCACUUGCAUCGUUGAGCCUCGACCGAUCAGAUGCCGGCGUGAUACCCACACCGCCGCCGCGACGAAUGCGACCAAGCCAACGCCGCGUGAUUGCCAAAUCCCCGGGCGAGUCUCCGGAUCCCGUGCGUCAGCCUCCAUUGGCGGCUGCCACGCGCGCUUCCAAUGCGCAGAUUGACCUGGCCCAGCUCGAGUCGGUUUGGGCCGACUUUGUUGACAAGAUUCCUUCGGCGCCCAUGCCCAUCAAGGGGCGGGGGCGCCGCGAGAGCCCGCAGCGGCUCUCGGGUCACUCGUUGCCCGGGAGCUCGGUUCCACUGAGCACCUCCAAUCCGUUUGCGGAUUUGGAGGGUCGUAGCUCGGCCAGUCCGGAGUCGUCACCCUUUCAUGUCGACACUGCUGUGCGGCCACGACGGUCCUCUUCGAUGAAUCUUGCGCUGGCGGCCCGGAGCCAUUCAAGUCCAACGGCGAGUCCGCGGCCGGGCCGGGCGCGCAGUGGCUACGCCGAUCCCCCCACGCACGCCGAGUAG